AUGUGUAGAAAGCGGCUACUGGCGAUAUUGAUAUGUUUGGGCCUAGUAGCAGCCUACCCAAGUGCUCCGGGCACAUGUAAUAUGAAUAAAAUGGCCACCAUCGGCCAUGGUCCAUCAAAAUCAACCUGCAAAGACUGCUACGGUGUCAAGAUAUCCACAGACACACCUUCAUUGGUCAACAUACAUCUGACAGGGAGAUUUGCGUAUCAGGGCAUCGUACUCUUAGUCAAAGACAGACAUACCAACAAAACGCUGGGCGAAUUCCAGGAUUUUGAUACAAACUUAUUCACUUCAGUUGCCUGCGAUGACGACGAGGACGAGCAAGAUCAGAUAGAGCCUGAUUCUAUGGCUGUAUUAGGACAUAUUGAUCCUAAACUAAAAGAGUGGCCUGUAAAUGUUGGUUGGAAUAUGAUUGCAACGAAACCCGUAACUGAAUUAAAGCUGCAAGGCAUGAUAGUGAUUGACUAUGAUAACUUUCACCUGUUGCCAGAGACUGAAUUCACAUUGAAAAGAAAGGUGUUACCAGCGACUAUCACCACGGCCACGACCACCACCACAGCAGCCAUCGAUCCGCUACCGACGCACAUUGUCCAAGUAGAACAUGAACCCGGCACCAUCAUCCAGCAGGAAUCAAAUACACUGUUCAUAUGGGUUUUGUCACUAGUGAUAUUCCUGUAUAUCAGCAUGUCUAUUUGCUAUAGGCAAUUAAAGAGAAAAAAGCAGAUAGUCAAAUCAACACUAUUACAACAGCAACCUCAAGACAUUGCUCUCGUGAUAAAAUCUUCAUAA